AUGGCCGAACCUAAGAGUGACGACCCCGGAUCAGGGGGUCAACCACAGAGACAGCGGGCAACACAUAAACGUAGCCGGACUGGUUGCUCGACCUGCAAGAAGCGACAUAUUCGCUGCGACGAGUCAAAGCCAAUAUGCUACCAAACGACGCCCCCACCUGCUUCCAGGUCAUCAACGCCAUACACACCAGCCGAUCCCUUCCUGCUCCCAGCACAACCCCUUGCCUGGCAGUCACCCUCAGCGCCACCACCGGUGCCAACACCAGUGCCCCCAGACUGGGCAGGACACAUCACUAUCGACCUCCCGUUCGACUCGCGCGAGAUCCUCCAACACUCCAACCUUUACCGGCAAACCAUCACCGGUAUGAUUCCCACUCACCACCACCACCACCGCGCCGCCACGCCAGCAGUCCCCGCGAGGGAGCCGCUGCACGUGCACACAAUGAUCCUCUGGGCGUGCAUGCACCUCUACUUCCAGCGGGGCUGUUCCAUGGGCCCGGCACUGGAGCAGACGUGUCUGCACCACAAGGUCGAGAUGAUGCGGGCCCUCAAGCAGCAGCAGCAUCAUCGCGUGGUCUCCACCGCCGACGACGACGGCGGCGGCGAUGGGAACGACGCCUACGCAGGCGCCAUCUUGUGUCUGGCCGUCGUCGAGGCCGCCAUGGACAACGCAGAGGCCGCCGCCACCCAUCUCGGUGGCCUGUUUGCUGUCGUCGAUGCGAGGAUGGCCGUGAGAGGAGCGGCCGAGUCCCAGUCCUCAUCCCAGAUGCUGCCGCACCUGGCUCUGAUCCUCCUCUCCCUCCUGUCCAAGGCGCAAACAUCCAGUAUGCAGCAGAACAGUAGCUCCGCUUUCCCCAGCCCGGAAACACCACUUUUCCACACGCAGCCCGACGACCCGACCCGCCUGCAGCCGCGCUACUUCACCCCAUCUGAGAGCGCCGCGAUGGACGUGAACGACGACUCCAUCCGGCCCGAGGGCUACGCCACAGCUGCGCACCUUCUCGUCCACGCCAUGGCGGAGCGCACCCGCGGUAAAACGUUCUCUUGCUCCUCCGUCUACGACCUGCAAAUCCUCCGCUGGCUGCUGCACUGCCCGAGUCAGCAACGCCACGACGGCGGUAGCAACCCUCAGCUCUGGCUCUGGAAGACGGUCUUGUCGGCCUACGUUCUCGUGAACCCGGACUUGGCCCUCCCCGCGACGGCUCCCGUCCGUGUCUGGCUGGGACACCAGGUGGAACGAUGGAAGAGGUCUGGCUCGACCCAGGUCCCGGAUUCUAUCGCGGAUGCCGUUCUCGCGCGCCUUGCGUUGCUGGCGGAGGAGCCCGGGCCUGGUAGCGGGAGGAGCUGCCUACGAGCGCUGUGCUACGAAGCCGGGGUGUAUAGUAUAGGCGGGUAA